AUGGCUGCCACCUGCCUCAGCUCCUGCUCCUCCCUGCCCAGGGCUACUGCAAAACUAGCAGGAGUGCCAAGAUCUUCGUCGUACUACACCCAGCUGACCUUUUUCUCGAGGCAUCCCUUCGAGAAGGCGGCGGCAGCAGCUGCAGCCUUCCAGAAGCUCCCGCCCGAGCUCCUCCGGCUGAGCUACGCGGCGAGGAAUAACAAGCAUGCAAGAACCAGCUGCCGGCGGGCCACGGACAACGACCAGGCGGCGCCGGCCGCGGCGCAAGAAACAACAGCCAACACCCCUCCUCCUCCAGCCUCUCCCGUUCCCAGCGCCGAGAGAUCCCCGGUGACGCCCGGCAAUAACGGCCAGCCGCAGCAGCCGGUCGCCAACGCCAACGGCAGCGCGCCGAGCGAGCCGCCGAAGCGGGCGCCGCUGACGGCGCGGGAGCGGCUGCGGGCGGCGCGCGUACUGGGCAAGUACGCGGAGCCGUCGGCGAAGGGGUCGUCGUCGUCGUCGUCAAAAUCGGCCAAGCCGGAGUUCGGGAGCGGCGUGCUGGACGCGCUGCGCGAGGCGGACGCGAAGAAGGGCGGGGCCGGGGGCGGGCGGCGCGGGUCGCGGCUGCCCGAGGCGCCGGGCAACCUGUUCGACGACAGCAAGCGCGGGAUGCCCAAGGAGGGCUGGACGUUCGAGCUGCCGUUCGGGGUGGACGUGUUCCUCGUCCUCGUCUCCUUCACGCUCAUCACCACCAUCAUGUUCGGCACCGCCUUCCUCGUGUGGAAGCUCGGCGCCAUACACUUCAACGAGAGGCUAAAACCUGGAGGUGGAGGGGUUAAUGCGGCAAUAUAUAAUGCUGCUGGAGAAUCUUUACAACGUGCAACUAAAAAAUGUGCUGAUGCACUGAGGCCAGGAACCUCUGUUGUUGUUCCACUUCCAUCAACUUCUCCUCUGCGUGAACGGGAAGGUGUGACCCAUGUCAUACAUGUGCUUGGGCCAAAUAUGAAUCCAAUGCGACCAGACUAUCUUAAGAAUGACUAUACCAGAGGGUCUAAGAUUCUUCGUGAAGCGUACAAUUCACUUUUUGAGAAUUUUGCAUCCAUUGUGCAGAGCUACAUGGGAAAGCAGAACAGUGAAUCUGGAGCAGAAAAGUCAGCAUCUGGUGGGACAUCUCCCAAUGACACAAAAAUGAAGCGAGAGGACAGCCAUGGAUCUGAAAGGAUGAAAAAACAUAAGUUGUUUCAACCCAUUAUGACUGCAAAGCAACAGCAUGAGUGCACAAAGGUUAAUGCUCCAAAUUGCCAUGAUGAUGCCAUGACUUCAUCUGCUGUUCCUAGCCAAACUAGACAAGUAGACAACAAAAGGAAUGAUGUGGUUACCAGUAAGACUUGGGGAUCCUGGGCCCAGUCUCUUUAUGAACUUGCCAUGAACCCAGAAAAGUACAAGAACUCAGAUUCUAUCCUAGAGACAUCAGAUGAAUAUAUUGUUCUGAAAGAUCUCUAUCCAAAGGCCAAAAGGCAUAUUUUGGUGAUAUCUAGAAUGGAUGGUCUUGACUCUCUAGCAGAUGUCAAGAAAGAACACUUGCCUUUGUUGAGGAGGAUGCAUUCAGCUGGGGUGAAGUGGGCACAGAAGUUCCUAGAGGAAGAUGCGGCUUUGGAAUUCAGACUUGGAUACCAUUCGGUUCCAUCAAUGCGACAAUUGCAUCUUCACAUCAUUAGCCAGGAUUUCAACUCUGCAAGCUUGAAAAAUAAGAAACAUUGGAACUCCUUCACCACAUCAUUUUUUCGUGAUUCUGUUUAUGUCAUUGAGGAGAUUGAACAAAAUGGAUCAACAACCACCAGCAGUGAUGAAAAGGUACUCGCAAUGGAACUCCGGUGCCACAGGUGCAGGAGCGCUCAUCCAAACAUCCCAAAGCUGAAAUCCCACAUCGCGAUCUGUAAAUCUUCCUUCCCUUCCCAUCUUCUGCAGAAAAAACAGACUGUUGUCCUCUACGAUGCAUACGGACUGCACUUAGAUGUUAGAACUCGAUGA